GUUGUAAACAUAACGACGUAAACAUUUUCUAUAGUGAUGUCAAUGGCCGUUAUAAAUACUGAUAAUGCGUUUAUAUAUAUUAACGGUCAUUUCUCUUGUCAAUAGUCCAUAUAGAGAUUUCUGCUAAAAAUUUAAUACCGAUGGAGCUGAAUGGCUUCCCCUGUGACGGUGAGAGAUGUGCGGAGGAGCAAGAAGAGUCGUCAGCGCGCAGGCUCCCGCUAUCAAAGAAGACUGAAACGAUAUGUAGCAUAAUUGCUACACCGAGUGCGGACAGCGAAGCGGCCGGUGGUGGUGCAUCCAAAGAGCAUCGGAAAGCAAAAUCGACUCCGGCGAUGCUGAGGCUCGAUUCGCUGAAGAAGAACAGGCCGCCUUUUCCAUGGUUUGGCAUGGACAUUGGUGGCACACUGGUGAAGCUGAUCUACUUUGAGCCAAAAGACAUUACAGCAGAGGAAGAACUGGAGGAGGUGGAGAGUCUGAAAAGCAUCCGUCGCUACCUCACCUCGCACACUGCCUACGGUAAAACAGGAAUUCGAGAUGUCCACCUGGAGCUCUCGGAUCUCACUCUUUGGGGUCGCAAGGGCAGCCUGCACUUCAUACGCUUUCCCACGCAUGAGCUGCCCGCCUUCCUGCAGAUGGGCCGAGACAAGCACUUCUCCAGUCUGCAUACCACUCUCUGUGCUACCGGAGGCGGUGCAUUUAAGUUUGAGGAUGACUUCCGUACGAUGGCCAAUCUGCAGCUGUUGAAGCUGGAUGAGCUGGACUGCCUAAUAAAUGGGGUUUUGUACAUGGGCUCAGUGGUCUCAAGUGGUCCAUCUGAAUGUUACUACUUUGUGAACCCAACAGACCCAGAGCGCUGUGAGCAGAAAGCUUACAACCUGGAGAGCUGUCCCUUUCCUCUGCUGCUGGUCAACAUUGGCUCAGGGGUCAGCAUACUGGCUGUAUACUCCAAAGACAACUACAAACGGGUUACUGGAACCAGCCUGGGUGGUGGUACAUUCCUUGGGCUGUGUUGCUUGUUGACUGGAUGCUACACCUUUGAGGAGGCACUUGCAAUGGCGUCAGAGGGAGAGAGUACACGUGUAGAUAAACUAGUCAAGGACAUCUAUGGUGGAGGCUAUGAGAGAUUUGGCCUGCCAGGAUGGGCUGUAGCAUCCAGUUUUGGGAACGUGAUGUCUAAGGAGAAGAGAGACUCCGUCUCUAAAGAGGAUCUGGCUAGAGCCACACUUGUCACCAUCACAAACAACAUUGGCUCAAUCACACGCAUGUGUGCACUCAAUGAGAAUAUUGAACGUGUGGUGUUCGUUGGAAACUUUCUGCGAGUGAACACGCUGUCUAUGAAGUUGCUGGCUUAUGCUUUGGACUACUGGAGCAAAGGACAACUCAAAGCUCUGUUCCUCAGGCAUGAGGGAUAUUUUGGUGCGGUUGGAGCGCUUUUGGAAUUGUCAAACCCAUCCUGAUCUGAGCUGUUACCUUUGUUUAUGGCUUUUACCAAAGGUCCUAAAAUACUUAUGCAUUAGACCAAAGCUGCCUUUAAAUGUCAGAUUGUUAUCAGACCGCACAGUUUACUACACCGACCACGUCCUAUCAGCUAUCUGGCAGUAUAGCCACUCUUACAUUACCUCCGAACAGUGGGUUAUGCCUGCUUGGUAAACAACUGAGAUAAAACAUAUCCCUAUACCAUUAUACGGUGUUGCUUUAAUACUGAUUGAUAGCCUAUUAGAACUUUUUCUGACUUGUUCGGCAACUAAACCGGAAAAAGAAAGAGUUUUUAGGGAAGGUUUGUCUGACAAGCAGAUCAGCAUUACUUAAUGUCAUUUAUAUUGCUGAAAUGUGUCAACUGUCAGAUUAUACUAAUCUGCAUUUACUGGUUAAGAAAUAACAUUGCUAUUGUGGAAUACAGCAAAACAUGUUAUGAUCAGAUUUGUUUAUUCACAACAGUAACACAACUUAAGAGGGAUAUUUUCUGAGAAAUGCAAAAAAUUGUCAGAAAAAAUGUCGUUUUGUUUCAUUUUGUUCAUUUUGUUGUAGAGGUCUGAACUCUGAAGCAUAAUAAUAAGAGCACUUUUUCAGAGUCAGAAUUUCAUGCAUACAAUUUCAAUCAGACCACCACUUUUGUUAGUAGAAAACCUGGUGUUACUUUCUGGCAUUUUACAUAAAAGAUCUGUCCAAAAGUAGGGGGCCUGGAAGCCUUUUGACCUGUUGUCAUGAACUAAAAUCUUAAGCUUUAAAAGUCAUUAUAAAUGAUGAAUAACUCCCCUAGGGAUGGAAAAGUUUUCACUAUUUUUGGUCUCCCUGUUGCUUGUGUGUAGCGCCUCACGUUCAGCUUUUCUCUAUAAUGUUAGUUCAUUGAUGUAUGACUUGCUUAUUGCUUAUGUUUGUACAGAAAAUGUGUAGUUUGUUCCUGUAAACAGCAAAUAUAAAGUGCCUUGUUUAAAGGCGUGCUAGGUUAAGUCCUUUAUUAGUUAAAACAUGGAUCAUAUUCUUCAACAAAAACUUUGUACGUUUUUGUAUUACAGAUAAUAUGCAAUAUUGCUUUGUAAUAAAAAUAUAAAGCACGA